UACUAAUUCAUUACUUUGCAAAGGGGAGUGACGCAGUUAUUGUAGAUCCAAAGAUACUCCAUGCCUUUUUCGUGUGACCCGAAAUAACAUUUAUUUUAAGGAUAAUUGUAGUAGUUGAACUGCUCCGGAAAAAACACCAAGGUUCUCCGCAGGCCUCUGAAGGCUGCAUGUCGGAUCUCUGCGCCUCUUGGAUUUGGAUGCCAUUCUGGUUGGAGGUUGCGGUACACCCCGAGGACUAGAUGCGAUAACCAGGACGAGAUAUGCCGCAGCCCAAGUCACGAAAAAUCGCCAUCCUCGGGUACAGAUCCGUAGGAAAGUCUUCUCUGACAAUUCAGUUUGUGGAAGGCCAGUUUGUUGACUCCUAUGAUCCCACAAUAGAAAACACUUUUACUAAAAUGAUCACAAUAAAUGGACAGGAGUACCAUCUUCAGCUGGUAGACACGGCAGGACAGGAUGAGUACUCCAUCUUCCCACAGACAUACUCCAUAGAUAUCAACGGCUACAUUCUGGUCUAUUCAGUUACAUCUAAUAAAAGCUUUGAAGUUGUACAAGUAAUCCACGAAAAACUGUUGGACAUGGUGGGGAAAGUACAAGUACCGAUUAUGCUGGUCGGGAACAAGAACGACCUACACAUGGAGCGAGUAAUCAGUUGUGAAGAGGGAAAAGCGUUAGCUGAAUCCUGGAACGCUGCCUUCAUGGAGUCCUCAGCUAAAGAGAACCAGACGGCUGUGGAAGUUUUCCGGAGGAUGAUCCUGGAGGCAGAGAAGAUGGACGGCGGUGUGCAGCCUGGAAAGCCAUCUUGCUCCAUGAUGUAGAGCCACCCAAUCAACACACAGGACACUGCACUGGGAUAUCCCGUUACUUGAAGGCUACCUGCCAGUUCUCCUCCACCUCAGCAGACUCCACCCACCAGAGUCUUAAAUAUCAAAUAUUGUUUAUUUAUGGCUCUGACUCCACUGUUAUUUCAGUAUUUCCUACUUCCUCAUCCUUGGUUUACUCCAUGUGUUUAUAAAAGAGUGGUGGUUCUU